AGCGCAGUUGGUUGCGGCUCAGGAGUUCCGGGGCCGCUCUCCAGGCCCUGAGCCCCGCAGAAUUCUGACUCGUCGUCGUCUGUCGCGGCAUAGGGUCCGCUGGGGGUGCGGUCGGGAGACGCUAGACGCGAACGUUCUGCCUUUCCGAGGCGACGGGCCCGAGCUGAGGGGGCCGCAGGCUCGGGCGGGUUCACUCUCUUUCCGCAGCCGACGACUGCUGGGCCGUAGGCCGUCGGGCCGGGCCCCCGCGUGCUGCAGGGAGUCGAGGGCCCACCCUGCUUGUGUGGGUUUCGGUAGCCAGGAACUUUCAACUCUCCGGGUUGGCGGCCCUCGGUCAGGAAAGUGCUGCAGUGCGACCCCUAGAGACCCGGCUGUUUUUCUAGGAGCUCCGUUAUUUGUGACCACAAUGACAAAUUUAGACAGUGAUGAUAUGCUAACUGACAAGCUUCAUAAGCCCAAGAGCUCGAAAGAAUGGUUGGAACCACAGCCACUUCAUCUUAUGGAGGUAUUAGCUAAAGAAGAUAUUGAUGCAGCUAUUCAAUCAAUAUUAUAUAGAGAAAAUCAUGUAAUUAAGGAACUAGAUAAGUAUUUACAACAUCAUGACUUCUUAAAUGCAAGAAGAAAAGAGAGGUUAUAUAAAAGAUGGACUGACCACGUGGCAGAUCCUCUCCAGAAGAAAAUUAUAGAAAAAGUUUGUUCACAUAAGAAUAUUAAAAAAAGGAGACAAGAAGAAUUAGAUGGUUUUUUAAAACAUGUAAAUAAAAAGGGAAAUGCAUUUAUAGAGCAUUAUGAUCCGAAAGAGUAUGAUCCUUUUUAUAUGAACAAAGAGGACCCGAAUUUUCUGAAGGUUACCAUUCCACCAUUUCGUGAUCCUUUGAAAAAGGCACAAUAUGACAAAGAUGAUGAUAAAAGAACUCUUCUUCAGUGUGAGACUGGCAAAAUAUGUACAAUGAAAGAAUUUAAAGAGGUUGAGAAGGCCAAACUGCAUUCCAGGUUUCCAAGAAUUUCUAAUUCAAGGCACUUUAUGACUCCAAAUAAAUGGCUUAUGCUGCCUACAACCUACAUAGAAAGUGAAUUUUGUAAAAGGAGCAGGUAAUGGUUAAUAGAAAUUAUUGAACCUCUUGGAAUUUGAAAACUGGAGACAGUGGUAUAAAUUUUGUCAUAAUUAUGAUUUUUUUAAAAUUUCAUUUUUCAAUGAGGAAUCCAUAAUUCUUUGUUCCCCUUUGUGAUGUUUCUUUUCUCUUGGGCACUUUCAAGAUUUUCUCUUUGCUUUUCAUUAGCUAGGUUAUGUCGUCUUUAUUUUCCUUUCUUUCUAUUUAUCCUACUUAGGGUUCUUUGAGAUUCUUGUAUCUGUGGUUUGACAUCUUUUACUAUUUGGAAAAUUUGAGGCCAUUAUCACUUGAAAUAUUUCUUAUGCCCCAUUCUUUGUUUUUCUUUUCCUUCUGAGACUCCUUAUAUGUAUGUUACACCAUUUGAUAUUGUCUCAUAGCUCCAUAGUUCUUAGUUUGUUUUUUGUGUUAAAAAAAUUUUUUUUCCUAAUUGUAUUUCAGUUGGACAAUGUCUACUAACCCAUCUUUUUUUUUUUUUUUUCCUACUACCCUAUCUUUAAGUUCACUGAGCCUUUCCUCAGCCGUGCCUCAUUUGUUGAUCAGCUCAUCAGAGGAAUCCUUGGUCUCUGUUGUGAUUUUUAUUUUUAACAUUUCCAUUUGAUUUUUAAAAAAUAGUUUUAAUUUCUCCUGAAAUUUGCCAUCUGUUUAUAUAUGUUCACCUUUCCACUAGAUGCUUUAACAUAUUAAUCAUAGUUAUUUUAAAUUCUUUAUCUGAUAGUUCCCAUGGUAGGGGGGAGGGGUCAUUUCUCAAUCUGGUUCUGUUGAUUGCUUUCACUCUUGACAAUGGGUUAUUUUGUCUUGCCCCUCUCCCCAAUAUCUUGUAAUGUUUUAUUAAAUGCUCGAUAUUUGA